AAGUAGAAGCUCUCGAUUGGGUAGUAUUUGGUUUUGGGUAAGAAGAGUUAACCAAUCAGAAUAUGUACAUUCUCUCAGAGGUCCUGCCCCUUCCUCACGUAACUUUUGGUGGCGGGAAAAGCUCACCAGUUUUCGCGCCGGGGCGGGGUCAGCCAAGACAUCUGCGCGGCUCUGGAAGAGGUAGCUGAGGGUUGACAAGCAUGGCGGGGACAGUAGUACUGGACGAUGUGGAGCUGCGGGAGGCGCAGAGAGAUUACCUGGACUUCUUGGAUGACGAGGAAGACCAGGGAAUUUAUCAGAGCAAAGUUCGGGAGCUGAUCAGUGACAACCAGUACCGGCUGAUUGUUAAUGUGAAUGACCUACGCAGGAAAAAUGAGAAGAGGGCUAAUCGCCUCCUGAACAAUGCCUUUGAGGAGCUGGUUGCCUUCCAGCGGGCCUUAAAGGAUUUUGUGGCCUCCAUUGAUGCCACCUAUGCCAAGCAGUAUGAGGAGUUCUACAUAGGACUGGAGGGCAGCUUUGGCUCCAAGCACGUCUCUCCCCGGACUCUGACCUCCUGCUUCCUCAGCUGUGUAGUCUGUGUGGAGGGCAUUGUCACUAAGUGCUCUCUAGUUCGUCCCAAAGUUGUCCGCAGUGUCCACUACUGUCCUGCUACCAAGAAGACCAUAGAGCGACGUUAUUCUGAUCUCACCACCCUGGUGGCCUUUCCCUCUACCUCUGUCUAUCCCACCAAGGAUGAGGAAAACAAUCCCCUUGAGACAGAAUACGGCCUUUCUGUCUACAAGGACCACCAGACCAUCACCAUCCAGGAGAUGCCAGAGAAGGCCCCUGCUGGCCAGCUUCCCCGCUCAGUGGAUGUCAUUCUGGAUGAUGACUUGGUGGAUAAAGUGAAGCCUGGUGACCGCGUCCAGGUGGUAGGCACCUACCGUUGCCUUCCUGGAAAGAAGGGAGGCUACACCUCUGGGAACUUCAGGACAAUUCUGAUCGCCUGUAAUGUGAAGCAGAUGAGCAAGGACAUUCAGCCUUCGUUCUCUGCUGAGGAUAUAGCCAAGAUCAAGAAGUUCAGUAAAACCCGUUCCAAGGAUAUCUUUGACCAGCUGGCCAGGUCGUUGGCCCCCAGCAUCUACGGGCAUGACUAUGUCAAGAAGGCAAUCCUCUGCUUGCUCUUGGGAGGGGUGGAACGAGACCUAGAAAACGGCAGCCACAUCCGUGGGGACAUCAAUAUUCUCCUAAUAGGAGACCCAUCGGUUGCCAAGUCUCAGCUUCUGCGGUAUGUGCUUUGCACUGCCCCCCGGGCUAUCCCUACCACUGGCCGGGGCUCCUCUGGAGUGGGUCUGACGGCUGCUGUGACCACAGACCAGGAAACAGGGGAACGCCGUCUGGAAGCGGGGGCCAUGGUCCUGGCUGACCGAGGCGUGGUCUGCAUCGAUGAGUUCGACAAGAUGUCUGACAUGGACCGCACCGCCAUCCACGAAGUGAUGGAGCAGGGUCGGGUCACCAUUGCCAAGGCUGGCAUCCACGCGCAACUGAAUGCCCGCUGCAGUGUUCUGGCAGCAGCCAACCCCGUCUAUGGCAGGUAUGAUCAGUACAAGACCCCUAUGGAGAACAUCGGGCUGCAGGACUCGCUGCUAUCCCGAUUUGACUUACUCUUCAUCAUGCUGGAUCAGAUGGACCCUGAGCAGGACCGGGAGGUCUCGGACCACGUCCUUAGGAUGCACCGUUACAGGGCACCAGGGGAGCAGGAUGGCGAUGCUAUGCCUUUGGGUAGUGCCGUGGAUAUCCUGGCCACAGAUGAUCCCAACUUUAAUCAGGAAGACCAGCAAGACACCCAGAUUUAUGAGAAGCAUGACAACCUUCUGCAUGGGAACAGGAAGAAAAAGGAGAAGAUGGUGAGUGCAGCUUUCAUGAAGAAGUACAUCCACGUGGCCAAAAUCAUCAAGCCCAUCCUAACACAGGAGUCGGCCGCCCACAUUGCAGAGGAGUACUCGCGCCUGCGCAGCCAAGACAGCAUGAGCUCCGACACAGCCCGGACAUCUCCAGUUACAGCGCGGACACUGGAAACUCUGAUUCGAUUGGCCACGGCCCACGCCAAGGCCCGCAUGAGCAAGACUGUGGACCUGCAGGAUGCAGAGGAAGCCGUGGAGUUGGUCCAGUACGCUUACUUCAAAAAGGUUCUGGAGAAGGAGAAGAAACGUAAGAAGCAAAAUGAGGAUGAAUCAGAGACGGAAGAUGAAGAGGAGAAAAGCCAGGAAGACCAAGCACAGAAGAGGAAGAGGAGGAAGACUCGUCAUCACUCAGAUGCCAGGGAUGGGGAGUCGUAUGACCCCUAUGACUUCAGUGACACAGAGAAGGAAAUGCCUCAAGUGCAAACUCCAAAGUCAGCGGACACACAGGAGGCCACAGAAUCCCAGCAGGUGGAGCUGAGUGAGUCCAGGUUGAAGGCGUUCAAGGUGGCCCUCUUGGAAGUGUUCCGGGAAGCCCAUGCCCAGUCGGUGGGCAUGAAUCGCCUCACGGAAUCCAUCAACCGGGACACAGAAGAGCCAUUCUCCUCGGAGGAGAUCCAGGCAGCGCUGAGCAAGAUGCAGGACGACAACCAGGUCAUGGUGUCGGAGGGCAUCAUCUUCCUCAUCUGAGGAGGCCUCGUGUCUAAACUUUGGAGAUCUGCCGAGAAAGUCCCCACCCUAAUCCCCAUUUUGGUCUUUGCCUGUUUUCCUAUGAGUAACAGUGUUUAAUUGAAUGGAAGCCGAGGGACAUGUCCGGAAGCUGAAUCAGGGCUUGGUGGCAGCUUUGGGAAUGAAAGCUGCCGUGAGGUAGAGUAAAGUGGGAAAAGGCCAAGACUAUUGCUUCUCAUCGCAAAAGACUGGAUCCCCCAACAAAGGACUUCUGAGUAUUUUGGGGCUCAUCUGGUUUUUGUUCAUCCUUUCUGUGUUGUUUGGCUUUUAUUUUCUCCCAAGCACUUUGGUCUAGAGCAGGCUUUAGGUCGUUUUACACUGGUGGAGAGAAGUUCUGGAAGCAAGUCAUGGAGGCCACGAAAGCUUUCUUUGCACAAACACCAGUCAAGACCAAUACGAUGAAUCUUUGACCUAAAUACUCAAGACUUUGAAUAUACUUACCCAUUCUUAUUCUAUGCAUAUGGCCUUAGUACUGUGUGCUGUUAUAGACACAUUUAAUUUUGUUUUUCUUAAGAGCUCUGCCCUACAAGAUUUACUGCUCCUGUAUUUGCAUGAAUCCACCACAAGGUGGCAGCAGGCUACCAUGCACUCUGUGAAGGUUAGGUCUUCAGUCAGUUUUCUUCCUCAGUGACACCAGCAUUUAUCAGUUUAAGUUGUACACACCAGACCCUGCUGAUUUGAAAUAGCUAAAUGGCCACAGGAGGCCAGUGAGUGGAAGUCUAGGAGGAGAAUUGAUUCUCUACUGGCUUCCUGAGCCCGAAUCAAAUCCCCUUCAUGAGAAACAAUACCUGAUAUACUCAAAAUCAUGUGAGUUUUGCCCAUAAAGAGAUUUUUCUUACAGGAUUCUUGUGAAACCACAUACACCUGUGUGUAAAGCCUUUGGGAUUUGUUAGUCUGUACAGAAGUUUGUAGAGGGGCCAGCGCAAUAUUUCUACUGUUGUAUGGUUUGAAUACCUUCUGAAAAACAUUUAAAGUUACUUAAAUUAAAAAUGUGUGAUUUUA